AUGUCCUUGAUGAGCUCGUCAAUGGUCUUAUGCCACUGCUUAUCAUUCACUAGCCAAAACCCAGUUCCUGAUUCAUCGUCAUCUUCUCUUCAUCACAAGCCCUGUUACUCGAUUUCGUCGGUGGGUAAGAGAAGGAAGAAUCUUUGGAGAUUUGUUCCCAGUGCGGAGAAGAAGAACAGUCAUACUGGUAAUAAUAAGAAGAGAAGAAGUUGGUGGCAGAGGUUUUUCUUUGAUGAUGAUGGGAAUUGGCUUGGUUUGAGGGACCAAGCCAUUGUUGAUGAGACAACUGAGCUUGCAAAAGAUGAUGAGAUGUCUGAUGAAGAGAAAUUCGAGAUUUGGAAGAGACGAGCAGAGGCCAUUGUGGAGCUACGGGAAGGUCAGGAGGAGAUUGGUGAUAAUGGUGUAGAUGAACGAAAUGUGAGAAAGAAAUGGGAGGAUUGGAUUGUGGAUUCAGAUGAUAGUUUAGUUGAGUCUUGGAGCAGAGAAGGAAAUGAAACCGAAUCAGAGCUCGAUGAAUUGGCUAUUCCAGAGACAGGGUUGGUUAAAAUGGUGAGGGAUAUGGUUUUAGGAGUAGAAGAGGAAGAUAUCUUAUACGAAGACCGUGUUUUUCGUUAUGCAUCUUCGAAAUCGGCAAAAUUUUUGGCGGUAUUGAUACUCAUACCAUGGGCUUUGGACUUUUUAGCUCAUGAUUAUGUACUUAUGCCCUUUUUGGAGAGAUAUGUGAAUACUGUACCACUUGCUGCCCAGGCGCUUGAUGUGAGACGAGAUCAGAAGCUAGAAAUGGUGAAGGAACUGAAUAGAGAAAAAGCUAGGUACCGUCUUGAAGUCGAGAUUGGCAAAUCUCCGCCGCUUUCUGAUGAUGAGUUAUGGUGGGAGUUGCGGGGUAAAGCCUUGGAGCUCCGAGAUGAGUGGCGAUUAGAGAACCGGAAAGCAUUUGCCAACAUAUGGUCUGAUAUGGUGUUUGGGAUCUCGCUGUUCGUUCUUUUGUACGCCAAUCAGGGUAGAGUAGCGUUGUUGAAAUUUACCGGAUAUAAGAUCUUAAACAACAUUUCAGACACAGGAAAGGCAUUUCUCAUCAUCCUUAUCACCGACAUUUUCUUGGGGUAUCAUUCUGAAUCUGGAUGGGAGACAUUGUUAGAGACAAUAAUGGAACAUUAUGGUCUUGAAGUUGAGCAAUCUACUAUCACCAUUUUUAUCUGCCUUGUUCCCGUUAUUAUGGAUGCUUGUGUUAAGCUCUGGCUGUUUAAGUUCCUUCCAAGACUGUCCCCAAGAGUUUCCAACAUUUUCCAGGAGAUGAAACGUCAUUAA